AUGGAUACUCGGCCAAAAGGUUCAGGUCACCGUUUUAGGGCUGCAGGGGCCUUCGUGGUGUGGACGGUCAUCAGUGUCUUGCACCUCUACGUGACGCGGGAGUUGUUAGCGCGCUUCUUUGUCUCUGAGGUCCUACUGACGUUUAUUCAGACACUUCUUAGCGCCAUCUACGGCAUCAUUUUACUCCGCUUUGUUCGCGGUGCGGACUCGUUGCGCAAACUUUUUCGCAAAAAGCUAUUGGUGAAGCUGUUGCCGGUUGCCGCUGUCGCCGUUUUCCGUGACGUGUCAAAGUUCGGGGGACUUGCGCGCAUAUCAGUCAACCUGACGGUCACGAUACGCUCGCUCUCGCCGGUAGCGAGCGUCGUGCUGCAAAAGUUGUUCUGGGGCGAGGAUUUUCCUUUGGAGACUGUCAUCACUCUGAUUCCAAUCGUGGGAGGUGUCUCGCUCGCCUCGGCUGGUGACCUGCUCGAGGCAAGCGCUGCGUCAAUGGAGCGCCUUCAAGACGUGCAGAGUGAACCUGCGUUACACUCUCUUUUGGGUCAAGGAUUAGGUGACCUCAGUCGUUUUCUGGUCGGCUGCUUGUCCUGUAUAUUUUCUGUUUUCUUGGGUGUUGGUCAUUCAAUGCUCACGAAGCGACAAUUUGCCGGGGCGCAGGACCGCUUGGAUCCGCUCAGCAUGCAGAUUGCCCAGUCUGUACUGUCCCUGGCAUUCUUGGCUCCGUACUUUGGGCUAAGAUUUUUUGUGGGCUGUUUUGGUGUGAGUCGAGGGAAGAAUACUUUUGUACAAAUCUUGACAGGGAGAGCCGUUCGUUUGUUUCAAGAAUGCACAGCUUCCGGUUCAAGAUUUCGGGCGUCAAAAAUGGUUCUCCAAUCACUGGUAGGGGCGUCCGGCGACCCUGAAAUCAUCCAACGGCGGAAGAGCCUGUUCUGCAUGCUAGCGUUGAAAGGACUUGUGAAUUUUGUGCAGUCGUUGUUCUCUCUGAUUUCCCUGAACGAGCUCAACAAUGUGAGUUUUACCAUAGCUAGCUCGAUGCGCAGAAUGAUCAGUGGGAUGAUCACCGUUGUGCUUUUUUAUCGGGCAAGCGUCAGCUCUUACGGUAUCCUGGGGAUCGCCAUGAGCAUUGCCGGCUGCGUCUUGUAUGAACGUACAUCCUCUCUUGGACAUCGAAACCCUUGGGGAAAGACUCUUAAAUGGGAGCGAGAUACGCAUGAGCGAGCUCCAGAGAGGUCUUCCCGAGUAUGCGAGACACAUCAGGUGAGCAUCUCUGAUAAAUCGCUGCCAUGA